AUGGGAGUAUACGAUGAACAAGGAGCUGCCAUCCAGGAGCCGGAGCAGCGCCACAUGGCCAUUAAGCAAGGUUUAAUUUCACCAGAGCGGCACAGAUCCAUGCCCACACCGCGCUCUCCACGUCAGCACCUCAGCAGACUUCCCCCUAAAGAUGUCUUCAACAACAGCAUGUUUAUGGUGGGAGGCUGGAGCAGGCAGGACCCUUCAUGUCUGGUGGAACAGUUUUGCCCAGAGUACAACGAGUGGAGGGGCGCAGCGCGGAUGGUGACCCGGCGGGGCGGCGUGGCUGUGGGCACCUUGGACGGGCACAUCUACACCGUGGGGGGGGAGGACCAUGCCCGCUGUUACAGUAAUGUGGAGAGGUACAGCCCAGACACUGACAGCUGGAGCCCAGAUGUAGCACCCUUGAGCAGCCCCCGCAGUGGAGUGUGUCUGCUGGAGAUGGACGGUUUCCUGUACGCCAUUGGAGGACACGACGGCGUCACCGCUAUAAAUACAGUCGAGAGGUAUGAUCCAAAAAUGAACUCAUGGAGCAAGCAAGCUGCAAUGUCGACCAGACGCAGCAAAGCGGUGGCGGCAGUCCUGAACGGCAAAGUCUAUGUGAUGGGAGGAAAUGAUGGCGAUAUGGCAAUUAACUCAGUGGAGUGCUACGACCCGGCGGAUGGUGCUUGGUCGAUCUGCGCCCACAUGCUGUGUCCCAGGGAGGGGGCCGGCUGCACUGUAUAUCUGGGACACAUCUACGUGGCGGGGGGCAGAGACGAGCUCCACCUGAACCUCUGCUCCGCCGAGCGCUUCGACCCGGACACAUCCAGGUGGACUCCUGUAAAACGCAUGAGGAAUAAACGCAACGAUGUGUCGCUGGUGGUGUUCAAUGGGGCGAUGCUGGCUGUGGGAGGCUCAGAUGGCAUCACCGACUUGAAGACAAUUGAAAUAUACUGUCAUGAAUCCAAUACCUGGAGACACUUUGGAAGCAUGAAGAGAAAGCAUCCAGGAGGCAGAGUGGUCGUGAUGUGCUGA